AUGUCUGGACGUAUCUCAUCCGACCAUUCGCGGUCGGAAUCGCACUCAUCUCAGCUGCCUCAACCAUCCCAGAGUCAACAUGAGUCGCUUCCUGGUCACUCCAUCGGUCGCUCGUCGCGCGCCUCGAAUCCCAAUGUAUUCUCCGACGAGUACUCCUUAGAUCCGAUCGACCCGGACCAAAUUGAUCGUGCUCCUAGCCCUGAUUCCAUAUCCUCAGCAACGACUUUGCGUUCUACCAACCCAGUUCCCAAAAAUGUUCCCACGACAGCUGCAGCGGCCGCGGCCGCGACCGCAGAGAACGACAAUCCGUUCGCUGAUGACGCAAGAGCGUCAUUCGAUGAGCCCCAUCGUUCCAGUCUGCCACAGAAAGGAGGCGGGUUCGCUACCGACCGCAAUUCCGUCUCUUCAAUCAAUAAUGCACAAUUCGCCAUGCAACGGAACCACAGCGUCUCCUCGCGCUUCUCGACACCUCGUGCCAUGAGCCCAUAUACUGGUGCGACCGGCCCAAGUCACCCGUACGCCAUGUACUCCCAAGUCGGUGUUAGCCGAACCCCCAGUGUAGGAAGUACAUCAACCAUUCGCCCAGCUGAGCGCCCGUUGGGUGAACUCAGCGGCCCGCAACACCCCUAUGCAAUGUACACCCAGAACGUCGUGGAAGAAGGGAUGGAUGACGAUCAGAUCCCAGUCGGCUUUCCGGGACACAACCUGGCUUACCAGCCACGCCCUGAUCGUCGAAUUGACGACGUUGGCGAUAUUAUUGGUCCGGAUGGACACACAGAGCCGCUGCCGCCAUAUUCGCGCUACCCGACAGGCGUGGUUCCCAAGCCCCCUGGUGCGGAGGACGCGACAGAUGUUCCUGCGUCGCCACCGGAGGAACAGCAGCUGCAUUCGACUUCAAGAGAAGCAGUGCCGGUGCCACCAGUUCCGGUCUCGGAGACAUCAUCCAGGGCUCUGGUCCCUGAUAACACCGGCACCAGUGAACGGGAAAAUGAUGGCGAACAGGCAGCUCCCACGUCUGGAAUCAUGGCUUUUGAAGAGAAAGUAAAGCAGAAAGGAAAGCAAACUGCAUGCUGCGGGUUGCCUGUCUGGACUCUUGUUCUUGUUGCCACUGUCAUGCUAAUCGGAGGUUCAAUUGGCGGUGCAAUUGGUGGUGUCUUGGGCACCAAGAAAGCUCAAGAAGCUGAACAUCAGUCCGAGGCUGCAAGCCACAAGCCAGGCCCAGACAUUGUCACCGUAACUGCCACGCCCCAACUGGACUACUCUGCUAUUACAAGCACUCCGACCAACAUCCAGGCGGCACCCACCGGUCAUUAUCUCAUCCCCGCUGUCUUACGAAAUUAUUCGCGAUUUUGCGUCGAUGACCACGAUAUAAAACAGGUUUGGAGUUGUGUGGAGAAGCCCAGCGAUUUUGAAAUUAAGUUGGAGGAAUCUGAUGGUCAGAAGUCUAUCAUUUUCGAUUAUAGUACACCGACAUCAACCUAUACAUAUGGAGCACAACAACCUUAUCUCCCAACACCUACCCAAAACCUCAGCAUGGCUUUUGACACCAGCGAGGCCGGUCUGGGCCCAGCCCUAUUUUUCUUCGCGUUAUUCAACAAACUUGUGAUUCUGCCUGAGGACACCUUCACAUCCAGUUCCAUCUCAUCACGAGACCUAUCGGAGCGCGAACUAUCCGACCCAUAUGCUGACGCUUUUCUUGAUCGAACGACGGUCGCUAAGCCUGGUGAUAAACCGUGGUUUUGUUGGUGGAACAGUACUCUGAUGGAAUUUUUCCUCUAUGUCAACCAGUCCACGGUUGAUCAAUUCCCCAGCACUGAGACCGCUGUCACCGGGGGUGAUCUCGCUGCCAGUACGGCAACCGCGCAGCCUUACGCUAAGCGCUCCGAUCCCAUUGCCAACUAUCCCAGGAAGAUCAAGAUCGAAGAAAGACGUGACUAUGCAGAGGCUGAGUCGCCUUACUGCCAACAGAUGCAAGUCGACAAGAAUGGUAACCUCGACCCCAUUCCUCAAUCGAUUGUCCAGAUCAAAGAAAUCGAGCCUGCCCCAACCACUACAUAUUUUCCCACCGCCCUUGGCGCAGGUCAAACGUACACGGCCAAGGCACAGUAUGCAACUCCAUGUUACUGUCUAUCCUCGUCUGAUUGA